CACUUGUUUUUAUUGUAGAUUACCAUAUGGCAGACAAAGAGGAAUCAGAUAGUAAGAAAACUUCUAAGGAAGAGAAACACAAGGAUGAAGAUAGCAAGAACGUGAAAGAAGAAAAGAAAGAGAAAGACGAGAAGAAGAAGAAGAAGAAGAACAAAGAUGAAGGGGGUCACGAAGAUAAAGAAAAUGGAGGCAAGGAAGAGAAGAAAAAAAAGGAUAAAGGCAAAGAGGGUAAAGAGAAAUCGACUGACCCAGCGACGCUAAAGCUCAAAUUAAAGAAGCUUGACGCCAAGAUGGAGGACUUGGCAAUAAAGAAAGCAGAGAUUCUGAAGUUGCUCAAGGAAGCCGAGCAAGGCGCUGGGAAAUCAACAGCGGUUGACGGUUAGCCAAGCUUCCCUUGGAGUGUGUCUCUGAUUAAAGGGAAUCGAGAAUUUCCAAAAUGACACAUGCAGAUGAUGGUAAUUUAAAACAGGGUUUGAUAGUGAUCUCAAAUAAACCAUAACUUUGGAAAUUAAUUAUGAUAUUAUGUUUUUGAUUUUUUAGAUCUACAAUUUUGAAACUUGA